CAGACACAGGAGGAGGCGGUCCUGGCAGUGGGAGACUGCACUUCUGCAGACUUCGCCCUCGAUCUUCGCCUCCUCAGACGCGAUCAGCUGGAGACGCGCUCCGUGCUCAGUCGACUCUUCUUCGUCUUGGCGCGACUCGGCAGCGGAAAUGAGCCGGUGGUCCCUGCUGCUGUUCCCGGGGCUUCUGAUCUGCGCCCUCGCCCCUCCGUCGAGCUGCGAGCAGCAGCCAAUCCCCCAAGAGAAACUUCUCGUUGUGACUGUUGCAACCAAAGAGACAGAUGGCUUCAGGCGUUUCCUUAGCUCAGCGAAACACUUCAACUACACUGUCAAGGUUCUUGGUCGGGGUCAGAAAUGGAGCGGAGGCGACUACACGACAGCUCCAGGAGGAGGCCAGAAAGUGCGACUCCUCAAAGCGGCUCUGGAGGAGAUGAAGGAUGAGGAGAAAAUCAUUCUUUUCAUCGACAGCUAUGAUGUGGUUUUUGCCUCGGGUCCCAAAGAGCUGCUCAAGAAGUUCCAGCAGGCCCAACACAAGGUGGUGUUCUCCUCCGAGAGCCUGAUCUGGCCCGACAGACACCUGGAGGACAAACACCCCCACGUCAGGGAGGGCAACAGGUUCCUGGGCUCAGGGGGUUUCAUCGGCUACCUCCCCAACAUCAGAGAACUGGUCUCUGAUUGGACGGGCGAAGACGCUGAGAGUGACCAGCUGUUCUUCACCAAGAUUUACAUCGACCCAGCGAAAAAAAAAUCCAUAAAUAUCACCCUGGACAACAAAUGCAGAUUGUUCCAGAACCUGCACGGAGCCCUUGAUGAGGUGGUACUGAAGUUUGAGGAUGCUCGGGUCCGAGCCAGAAACGUGCUGUACGACACCCUGCCCGUCAUCGUCCAUGGGAAUGGGCCGACCAAGCUCCAGAUCAACUACCUGGGAAACUACAUCCCCAACACGUGGACAUUUGAGACCGGCUGCACAGUGUGUCAUGACGAUCUCCACCCUCUCACAGCUCUUAAGGAGAGUGAAUACCCACUGGUGGUGAUUGGCAUCUUCAUUCAGCAGCCCUCCCCCUUUGUCACAGUGUUUUUCGAACGCCUCCUGAAGCUGCAGUACCCCAAGAACAGGCUCAAACUCGUCAUUCACAGCCAGGAAGCUCAUCACGAGCCUCAGGUCAGCUCUUUCCUGCAGGAUCACGGAAGCCUUUACCAGGACGCCAGGCUCGUCACGGACACGGAUGGAGCUGCCUCCCGCAACCUGGUCUUUGAUAUGUGCCGGAAGGACGAGGACUGCGACUACUUCUUCAGCCUGGACAUAGAAGUGGUCUUAAAGAAUGAGAACACGCUCAAAAUCCUCAUUGAACAAAACCUUCCUAUCGUGGCGCCGAUGAUAACUCGAGACGGUCGUCUGUGGAGCAACUUCUGGGGAGCGCUCAGCGCGGAUGGCUACUACGCCCGGUCGGAGGACUACGUGGACAUCGUUCAAGGACGCCGAGUGGGUGUGUGGAAUGUUCCGUACGUGUCCAAAGUGUUCCUGGUGAAGGCCGACGUCCUGCGCUCGGAGCUCACCGACAACGAGCUGUUCACCUCGCACAUCUUGGACCCCGACAUGGCGUUCUGCCACAAGGCACGCAACAAGGGAAUCUUCAUGUACGUGUCCAACAUGCACAGUUUCGGUCGUAUCCUGUCGACAGAGAACUAUCAGACCAGCCAUCUUCAUAAUGAUCUGUGGCAGAUCUUUGAAAACCCAUUGGACUGGCAGGAACGCUACAUCCACGAGAACUACACUCACAUCAUGAAAGACAAGCUGAUAGAAACUCCAUGUCCAGAUGUCUACUGGUUCCCAAUCUUCUCCGACGUAGCCUGUAACCACCUCGUGGAGGAAAUGGAACACUUUGGGAAGUGGUCUGGAGGAGGCGUUGUGGACAACAGGAUCCAAGGUGGCUAUGAGAAUGUCCCCACCAUUGACAUCCACAUGAACCAAAUCAACUUUGAGAAGGAAUGGCAUAAGUUCUUAGUGGAGUACAUUGCACCGAUCACAGAGAAAAUGUACCCCGGCUACUACACCAAGGCUCAGUUUGACUUGGCCUUUGUAGUUAGAUAUAAGCCCGACGAGCAGCCAUCUCUGAAGCCACACCACGACGCCUCCACAUUCACUAUAAACAUUGCACUCAAUCAAGUGGGCCUUGAUUACCAGGGCGGCGGCUGCAGGUUCCUCCGCUACGACUGCUCAGUUGAGGCUCCCCGUAAAGGCUGGGCCCUCAUGCACCCGGGCCGCCUCACCCACUACCACGAAGGCCUGCCGACCACCGCCGGCGUCCGCUACAUCGCAGUGUCCUUUGUGGACCCCUGAGCUCCCACAGACGGCGACGCCCCCACCAGCUAGUCCAGACCAAACGGGACACACGUGGUCCAUCUCAGCUGCUCUGUAUUCUCUGAUCUGGAGUGGUGACCAUCUCUUUUCUGUCAUUUCAUUUUCUUUCUUUCUUUCUUUUUUUAAUGCCAAACAUAGUCGUUUGUGUCUCGCCUUGAGAAGUCAUCGGGACUCUGAUCAACCUUCAUCAGCAGUAGAGUAUCGGAAUCCUAUGAUGGAAUGAGACACAAAGUAGGAAAACAUAUUCUGACCAGGUUAGAGGAGAGGAUCACUUCAUUCAAACCCUCACAGAUGAAUCUAUUUCCACAGAAACACAAGCUUCUGUGACCGGCGGGCCGCAGGCGUCGUCCGUCAAUAUGAACGUGAGCGGAACCAGCAGUGUCAUUAUUGUGGUCAAAGCUGAAUUACCAUCCACGCAGGUCGGGCAGUGGCCCCGGGGUUUAGUAAGUAUGGGGUCGACCGAUUAUCAGAGCCAAUAUUCAACAGUUUUAUGAUUACCGGUGUCGGCCAUUUUUUAAGCCGAUUGGAUCAUUUCUUUUUAAAAGGUGCUACUUUGGCUCUGAUGCAGCCGCAGGCGCGACUCACUGGACUUCAUCGAUGUUCCGUCCAUGUUUGUUGUGCUUUAAAUGUGCUAUAAGGAAGUUUUUUGUUUAGAUUUUGUAUUAUUCUAACUUUUGAAGCCUUUUGACACUUUUUCUCUGUUUGAAAUAAUCGGUUAUAAUCGGUAUUGCCCCGGAAAAAGCCACAUCGGUCGACCCCCUAUUAAUAAGCCCCACUUCACUGUGUGCCAGUUGGUUUGUCAUCAUUUGACUAAUUGGCAGCUGUUUUAGGAAUAUGCACAACUUCACAUUAUCAACUGACAGAAUUUCCCUUAAUGUUUUUUUUCAUGUUGUUUCAACUGAGUUAUGUUUAACGCAGGACUGGUGUCUGUUUGAUCAAGGGGGCCCCACACUUCCAGGGGCCCAUGAAAGCUGGUCAGGGGUGAUUUUGGUUCCAGGAAUAUGCCCCUGCUCUGUUUCUGCUACAGAGCUUCAUUCUCUGGAUUCUGGUACCAAGGCAGUAUUUAUUCAUUAAUGUGGAAUGAGCACGUAUCAAACCUGGACACUAUGCAGAGCUUUACUUUUUUCUCCAUUGCCACGGUGACAGUUUGUUGUCAGCAUCUUUAAAUACAGAGUAGUUUUUGGGGGGUCUGGAGUGUGUGGUGUGGAUCCUGUUGCGCUUCAAGCUCCACGUCUCUCAGGAAAUCACCAGGUGCUCAGCUUUGACCUUUUAGAUGCUUUGGUAAAAACGUCUGUGUUGAAUUUGACAAAGUGCCUUUUUACAUCCAGAUCACGUCUUUUGUGGUUCUUUGUUGAAUUUACACACUCUUAAGCCUGUAGGCCUCUUAUUUAUUUUUGUAAAUUUGAAUUUGUUAAAACACACUCCAUUAGCUUUGGACAUCUGCAGUUUCAUGGCCUUUUGAGAGAUUUCAAGUAUUUUCUGUACUCACUCAUGCCAGUUUAUCGUUUGAGCAACAUAUUCACACACACCUGUCUUUUUUUUUUUUUGCCAUUGCUGUACUUUAAAUACACUUGAAUAAAACAGUGAACCAAA